UAUUCUGUCUAGACGCGUGCUGCUCGUCAGUACAACCAAAAAUAAUCACUCUAUCCUCUCUCCUAUACGGAUUAUUGUCUGGUGGACACUGAAGUGGGCAUCAAGCAACGUUGCUUUUGUUGGUGAUCUGAAGAGUACACCGCCGAACAGGGCUUUCUGGCAUUUGGAUCCGAUAUUGUAAAGUGCCAAGAUGCUCAAGAAAUCAAAGGUUACAGACCAAACAGCUGCGGGACAGGGAACUGAACCCCCUCAGGACGAGAAAGCUAACAAGAAGAAAGCGGGCAUCAAGAAGCGAUCCAAAGUCCCCGGUGUCAUGGUCACCCAGUGGGUGGAGGAACUCCCAGAAGGGAUGUCGACACCAGAUUUCACUCGCAAACCCAUUGCUUUAACCAUCCAGGAGGGUAAAGUGGCCAUUUUCAAAGCACAAAUAUGUGGCGAUCCAAAACCUGAGCUCACCUGGAGAAGAGCCAAGGGUGGUGAGCUGACUGAUGACAAAUUUGAGCAGAAGUUUGAUGAGGCCUCUUCAGAGUAUUCAUUAGUGAUUGCCAAGGUAACUGGAGCUGAGGCCGAUACCUACAAAUGUUAUGCUCACAAUGAAUAUGGGAAAGCAGUUUGCACAGCUACACUCAAUGUCAUUGAAGUUGGGUUCAAGAAAAAUAAGCCUGUUUUGGAAGAGUCAGACAUUGAUCCUACUGAGUUCAGAAAGAUGCUCAGAAAGAGGAAAGGCAAGGACAAGGAGGAAGAGAAGAAGGAUGGAGAGGUUGACGACAAGUUCUGGGAGAUCCUUAUGAGCUCAGACAAGAAGGAGUAUGAACGUAUUUGCGCUGAGUUUGGCGUCACCAAUUUCCGCUGGAUGCUGAAGAAACUCAAUGAGAUAAAGAAGGAAAGAGAGGAGGAACAAAAAGUGUAUGUUGAGGCUAUAUCUAACCUGAAACACAUUGAGGUGAAAGCAAACGGCUCUGCAUCAUUUCAACUUGAACUGGAGCUCAAAGACCCUGCCAGUAGGAUUUUCCUCUACAAGGACGGUGUCAUGAUCCCUUACACUACAGAAGACAGUGAUGAUACUGACGUUAAACAUAGCCUGAAGAGAGUUGGAAAGACUCUGGUGUUUUCUGUCAAAGACCUGUUGGCUGAGGAUGCUGGCCUCUACCAAGUGGACGUUGAGGAGGUCAACUUGUUCUCUACUGAUUUUAAGAUUCCUAUGGUGGACUUCAUCGUGAAACUCCAGGAGGUGAAGGCCAAGGAGCGCGAGGAUGCCCUCUUUGAGUGUGUCCUCUCUCACCCCUUUGGCAGAAUGCAAUGGCUGGCCAAAAACGUGGCCGUGGAGGACGGGGAAAAGUUCUCCAUCACUAUGUCCGACGACAAGCUCAUCCACAGGCUGCUGGUGAAAGACUGCUUGCAGCUGGACAAGGGCAUCUACACCGCUAUAGCAGGCAUUAAGACCUGCAGUGCAUGGCUGAUCGUGGAGGCUGAUAAUGACCCUGCUAAUAAGGGCAAGAAGGUGGCCAGGAAGACAACACAGGCCGGAGGCGCCGGGGUGGACCUGGAGAAGCUGGCCCGGGAGCAGCAGGAGAAGCUGCUGAGGGACAGGGAGGAAGCGGAGAGGCUGAGGGCCCUGGCAGCCCAGGCCGCCGCCGAAAGAGCUGCCGCUGGAGCCGACGGAGCAGGUGGGGCAGGUGGGGCAGGUGGAGCAGGUGGAGCAGGUGGCAUGGGCCAAGGCUCUGGAGCAGGUGACGGGUCUGGGAAAGACGGGUCCGGGAAAGAUGGGUCUGGAAAAGACGGGUCGGGAAAAGGUGGCUCCGGACGUGGCACCGGUGCGGAUGGGUCCAAACUAAAGGGCAUGGGUGAUGGUGACGGAUCUGGAAAGGGAGGCGCCGAUGAUGGCAGUGGGAUGGGCAGAGGAAAAGGUGGAGACCAAGAUUCACUCAAUGAUGGCACUGACCCAAAUGCACAAUCAGGGAAAAACAAUAAAGAGGGAAAAGAUGGCAAGAGAAGCAAGAGAAAUAAGGUGCAACUUGAUUCAGACAAGGUUACUGAAGGAGGAUAUGCAGGAGAAAGAGAAGACUGGCUUGAAACAACCUCUGAGGAAGAAGGAGAAGACGGACUAGAGGAUGGGACCCUGUCUGAAGGAAGAGGAAGUCAGUCUCACAGAGGUGGAGCUGGCAAGCAGGGUAACAGUGCGACUUCAAAUUCCAAAAGAAAGGAUCUUGCCAGGCGGCGUGCAAAGCAAGGUUCCCAGCAGCCUGGGACGGCCACUGAAGGAGGAUAUGCAGGAGAAAGAGAAGACUGGCUUGAAACAACCUCAGAGGAAGAAGAUGAUGAUGAAGAGGAAGAAGAAGGAACACAGAGUGGGACGCAGAAGGGGGCGAAGACGGGGACCCGGUCUGAAGGAAGAGGCGGAGGUGGCACGCAGGGUAAACGUGCAACCUCAAAUCCCAAAAGAAAGAAUCCUGGCGGACGGAGUGCAAAGCAAGGUUCCCGGCAGCCUGGGUCGACCACUGACGGAUCAGUAGGAGGUGCUGGAGGCUACGGAGAUGACGGAGAUGGAGUUUGGAGAGGGGGACAGGAAGAUGGCCUCACAGAUUUAGAUUCUCAAGGCGGUCAGUCUAAAAGAGACGGAGCUGACUCGCAGGACAGCGCAGCGGCGGCGGAGGCACGGGCCGCAAGGCGCCGCGCAAGGCAAGGUUCUCUGCUGCCCGAGACGGUUGUUGAUCCCGGGGUCCAGUUUGUCAGCGGGCUGGAGGAUGUGACUGCCCUCUUGGGCCAGCCAGCGGAACUGACAUGUAAACUCAGCAGUGAGCAGAGUGAGGGGGCCUGGUUCAAAGAUGGGAAGAAGCUAUCUGGUGAUGGAGAAGAUGGAGUAACCCUGAUUAAAGAUGGAGCCUGCCAUAAGUUAUUGAUUAGCUCUUGUGAAGAGGAACACUCAGGAAGGUACCGCUUUGAGGCCGAAGGUCGGAAAUCGGAGUCCACAAUAUAUAUAAAAGAUCCACCAAGAUUCAACACUGAUGAUUUGGUUAAAUUCUCUGAGCCUGUGGUUGUACGAGUUGGACAAAAUGCCGUCUUUAAGAUGCCAUUCGAGGGCCGCGAUCCAAUGAAGAUCCAGUGGUACAGGGAGGGCGAGGAGCUUCUGGACGACACCAACGUCAAAAUCGAGAAGUCGCCGUCCCAGAGCAGGCUGAUGCUCAGCAGGUGCCAGCGCAAAGAGACCGGAGAAAUCAAGUUCCGACUGAGGAACGACUUUGGCACAACUGAGGCCUUUUCAAAGCUAAUUGUCCUUGAUAAACCGGGUCCACCCCAGGGCCCAGUGGAAAUUGUGGAAGCCUCCUCCCAAUGCAUCGAGAUCAAGUGGAGACCCCCGAAAGAUGACGGUGGCUCACCCAUCAAGAACUACAUGGUGGAUCGCCAGCAGAUUGGCCGCAACACGUGGACCAAAAUCGGAGAGAUUCCCGGCGUUCCCACUUACAAGGAUACCAAUGUGGACCACGGAAGGAAGUACUGCUACCGGAUCCGGGCGAUCACCGAGGAGGGCAUAAGCGAGAUGAUGGAGACAGACGACAUUAUGGCAGGCACUUUGGCAUUCCCAGGGCAGCCGGCUGCACCAAAAGUGGCAAGCGCCUUCAAUGACUGUAUCAACUUGACUUGGACUGCCCCUGGUGACACGGGAGGCUCCCGUAUCAGUGGCUACAACCUGGAGAAACGCAAGAAAGGCAGCAACAUCUGGAGUGCAGUAUCAGCGGAACCCAUACCAGAAAAGAAGUAUGCGGUGAAAGACGUCGUUGCUGGAAUGGAGUAUGAGUUCCGUGUGACAGCUAUCAAUGUCUCUGGUCCAAGUGAACCCAGUCCACCAUCAGAGUUUGUGAUUGCACGAGACCCAAAGAAGCCCCCAGGCAAAGUCAUUGAACUGAGAGUGACUGAAACAACAUACAACACCGUUUCAAUCACCUGGACUAAGCCCGAAGAUCGGCCAGGGGUCCAGGAUGAGCCUAAGGGCUACUUUGUGGAGGUCAGGCCAGCAGAGUGCCUGGAUUGGCUGAGGAGCAACCCCACACCUGUCAUUCUGACCUCCUACACUGUUAAAGGCCUGAAGGCCAUGGCUAUGUACUGGGUGAGGGUCGUUGCAAUGAAUGAGGGUGGAGAUGGUGAGCCCACUGACCUGGACAACUAUAUCUUGGCCAUGCCUCCCCCUGUUCGGCCAAAGUUUACUAGUCGCAACAUGCAGAGCUUCAUGGUUGUGCGCGCAGGGAAUACAGUGCGGCUCAAUUUAGCCUUUGAAGCAUCCCCUUGGCCAGACAUUGAGUGGCUGAAAGAUGGCGUUGCUAUCACCAAACGUGCGACCAUCAGCAACUCGGAUACUGGAUCUCAGCUCCUGAUUCCGUCCUCUGAGCGCAGCGACACAGGCAUCUAUGCCAUAGUGGUGAAGAACGUGGUGGGCCAGGAGUCCUUCAGUAUUGAGGUCAGAGUGACAGAUGAGCCAAAACCACCAGGCCCUAUCGAGCUGGAGGAGAAUGUGCCGGGCACAGUAACUGUGGUCUGGGAGCCGUCCCCGGACGAGAAGAGGGACGACCGGCUGCACUACAUGGUGUCCCAGCGUGACUCCACCAAGCGGACCUGGCACCCAGUCGCAGACAGGCUCUUCAAUAACAAGUUCACCGCCUGUAAUAUCAUGCAGGGGCGUGAAUACCACUUCCGUGUCUAUGCCAAAAAUGACAUGGGCUUCUCCUCACCCUCUGAAUCGCCCACGUGGGGUACAACUAAACAGAAAGGCAAAUUUGUAGUCAACAUGCCUGACUACAAAACCUGCAAUUUCCAGUGCCCACCAGCCUUCCUGGUGCCACUGAAGGUCCGUACGGCGCCCAAGGGCUAUGAAUGCUACAUGAGCUGCGCUGUGAAGGGCAACCCACUGCCCCGCAUCACCUGGUACCACAACAACGUCAACCUCAACACCAACACCAACUACUUGAUCUCCAACAUCUGUGGCGUCUGCUCCAUCCUCAUCCUCAGGGUGGCGCCCAGGGAUGAAGGAGAGUACAUGAUUACGGUUGAGAACCCACUGGGCCGGGCUGAGAGCUCCAUCAAGCUCAAUAUCCGAGAAUGAGAUGGCAUGGGGUUCAAGAGGCUCAUCACUUCCUUCCCUUCACUUCACAUAUAUAUUUAUCAGGAUUUCCUCCAUCUUGUCGACAUUCAAGGAUGGGAAAAUUUGUUGUGCUACUAUUGACUGCUCUAAUAAUCGACCCUUCACACAGCUAUUGGCAUGUCUAUUUGAUCUAAUUGGAGGACAUGUACAAAUGCUAUACUGCCUUUUCUUUGUAUUUUUUUUUUCUGUUUAUGUAGACAAACACCAUACUUGCUCAUUAAUAGAGUUCAGAUUUACUCUGAGAAUAUUAUUUGCUUUAUAUCAAAAGGAAACAGAAAUAUCUGUUGUGAGAAUGAGUGAAGUGAAAGCUACUGGGUUAUUUCAAAUACAUCAAAAUGACUAAAUAUGACGAUCUGUGGUACACUACUGUAAGUUGACAGUGAAUGAAUACAGAAAAGGCAUAGUGCAAGUACUACACUACUUCAGAAGCUCUUUAUCAUUGAGUACAUAGUAGGCCUAGACUACUGUGCAAUUAAACUAAUUGGGUUUGUUUAUGAUGUGGAGGUUGUAUUUCAAGUGUGUGGCUUAGUGAAGCUCUGGGGUAGAGUAGACUAACUCAGAGAAAGUGCUCAACUUCCAAAUAAGAGAGCCCUGUGGCUUCAUUCCUUCAUUCAGCCUUGUAAAUCAAAACCUAUGGAUCCUCUUCUAGGAGAUUUACAGUUAGCCUACUAUUAGUGAACUUACCCAGUCACGUAACCACAUACUUGAACUAUCAUCCUGAUGACUUGGUGGUUGAGUGUUUAAAUAUGGCAGACCUUUUACCAGGUUGAAUGGGUGCAGUGGGUGUUUUUUUGAAACUGACACAUCACCUGAUGCAAUCCAAUCAGUUGUGUUUCGCAAUAAAGUUCAAUCUGCAUUUUAA